UUCUGCAGGGCGGUGCAGCAGGUCCGUUCAAAGUCAGUAAAUGUGGGCCAGGCUUCACUCGUCGGCUGCGCAGUCAGGUGUUUGUUGACAUGCAAAGAUACCGACUUAGUUCAGUUUGCUUUCGACUUCUUGUCGUGAGCGUUUCUGUGUAAUGGCACAACGACGCUGUUCCCUUCAAACUCCAAACUUUCUUUUGCAUGGAGCUUGACCUACAUCGCUUUUAUUCGUUUCCGUACACGAAGGAUGAAAUGAUGAUUAGUCCUUCAAUGCGCACUUUGUUAUUUAAGUUUUGUUGUUGCUGAGGCUUGCUGUUGAGCUCAGGCACUGAUCAUGGUUGGAGGGAGAGCGGCUGAUUUGGUGCCCACAACUGCUGUUAAAAUCUUCUCAGCUGGAACAGCAGGCUGCGUGGCGGACCUAGUCACCUUCCCACUGGACACCGCCAAAGUCCGGCUACAGGUGCAAGGUGAAUCCAAGCCCUUACUGAAAGGCCAGAGGGCGGAAUACCGAGGUGUGUUUGGCACCAUCUUCACCAUGGUGAAGACAGAGGGGCCGAGGAGUCUGUACAGCGGCCUGGUGGCAGGGCUGCACAGGCAGAUGAGCUUUGCCUCGAUCCGCAUCGGCAUGUAUGACACCAUGAAGCAGCUCUACACGCGAGGCUCAGAAAAUGCUGGACUCGGGAGUCGACUGCUGGCAGGUUCCACCACAGGAGCGAUGGCCGUGGCUUUUGCUCAGCCCACUGACGUGGUGAAAGUCAGGUUCCAGGCUCAGGCCCUGCGGCCUGAGAGCGGCUCUGUCAAGAGAUACAGCAGCACGACUGAUGCCUACAGGACCAUUGCCAGGGACGAAGGUUUUAAAGGCCUCUGGAAAGGUUGUCUUCCAAAUAUAACUCGUAACGCCAUCGUAAACUGCUCUGAGCUUGUGACCUAUGACAUAAUGAAAGAGCUCAUCUUGAAGUAUAACCUGAUGACAGACAACAUGCCGUGCCACUUCACCGCAGCAUGUGCAGCCGGUUUCUGCACCACGAUUGUAGCAUCCCCUGUGGAUGUGAUAAAGACACGCUUCAUGAACUCAGUGCCUGGGCAGUACAGCGGUGCUGUUAACUGUGCUAUAACCAUGCUGAUUAAAGAAGGACCAACAGCUUUCUACAAGGGCUUUGUGCCCUCAUUCCUUCGCCUGGGUUCCUGGAACAUUGUGAUGUUUGUGAGCUACGAGCAGAUAAAGAGAGCUGUGAUGAGGUUUCAGCAGUUCUGAAAAUCUUUGCUCGGACCUGUUUGCCUGUUGGUUUGAUACUGAAGCCAUUGUAGCACAGCUAUUGUUGUUGGUUUAGACCUUUUCACCCUCAGGAAUAAAAGUGCACAUCUAACAAGGAGAAACUGCAGUGAUGAUUGAUUUUUAAAAAAAAAAGCAUUUAUUUAAAUAUUUACUAAUUCUUUUCUUAUAUCUCCAAAAGCCCUCUUUUCACACGAGGCAUUUUAAUGUUUACUGGCACACUUGAACAGACGCACAAGACAAAAUGCCCACAGUGCAUUCUUUAAGUUGUAUCUUUCUUAGGCAAGUGUAUGCAUUCAUUGCCUUUGCUUCCAAGUGUAGUAAUACACGCAUGAAUGGAGAAGCACAAAGCUGAAUUUAGAUGUGCAAGGUAACAAAUGACUGUUGGAUAUAUACUGACAGAACAGGUCGAACAUGUUUCUGAGGCUGUAAAAAAGAAUAUAGGAAGUGCAAAUGUAUGUAAAUAUGUAGCCCAGAGUAAUUAUCCCAUUUCAUACUGAAUUUUCCCAAAGCAUACAAUUAACACCUUUUGGAAUGAGCAGCUCCUAUUUUUAUUUUUAUUUUAUUUCAUGGAUAAGGUAGAAAUGUUUGUUUUAUGUUAGGCCAUAAUUGAAACUACUGAGAUAACAUGUAUACUCUACUCACACUCUUCAGAAAGGCAUGUUCCUGGAUACUAGAGAAAAGGGCAAAUUGUUUAUUAUAACUGCAGAUUCAGGAGGAACAACAGCUUUCAUUCUGGUUGUGUAAUGGUGGGCCAGCUCUAUAUCAUCCUGAGGUGCAUAGACAUUUGCCCAUCCAGUCUACCUGUGUUUUGUAGGAGGUAAAUCAGGAGUAAGGGUGUUGAGCAAACUGUUGUGGUUUGCUGCUUCACAAUUCCAGCAAUAAGUCGCUCAUUCUCAGUGGGUGCUGGAUAAUGAUGACCAAAACAAAUAAGCCUCUUUUAGUUACCGUGAUCAAUAACCUUUUGCUUGGUGGCUUUGAACCCACCAUCUUCUCUGGUCAUAUGACAAGUUAUGCUAAAGUGUUAUUAUUUCAAUAUCUGCUCAAAAUGCAUAGAUAUAUAAUUCCGACAUAGUUUUAGACCUUUAUAUAACUCAGAUCAGUAUUGUGACAGAUGAGAUUAAAUGGGUUACAUUAAAUCCGACAUAAUAUUUGUUUUCUAAAAUGUCUCAGUCUUCAUUGAAAACUUGAACACAGCACUCAUAGCAUAUGUUUGCUCACUGGGUUUAAGCUACUGUGGGAAAACUCCCUGUAAGCCUCAUAUAUUUUCUGUAUUUUGGGUAAAAUUAUUGCUUUGUGACUUUUGUUGGGUUUUUUUUAAGUGAAUGUAUUGCUGGGUCAGGGCAUUUUUAUCUCUUAACCUCUCUCUAACCUCAUAUACGAGGUUGACUGUGUGUGAGUUAGACUCUAUGUAUAAGUAUACUGGUUCACUUGGUCUGUUGCACUUGUAUGCCUGUCAGUUAUGUCUAAUGUAUGGUUUAUGCUUUGACCAACUGGACUGUCCUGUUUAAAGUUUUAAAAAUAUGAAUAAAAUGUAGAUGAAAUAAGAA